AUGUCAACCGACCUCAACGCACUCAUAGUCUCCUUUCGCGAUGCAACUCAGUACUGGGUGUUGAGUCUAGGAAGCGACAAAAUAUCUCAGGUCCAAGCUUCCGAGGUGGCGAACCCGCUAGGCGAACUCCUCAACUUGACCAAACUCAUUAGAGCCCAUACAACGAAAGUUGGUAUAAUAUUCAAGCCAGAGACGCUAAAGAAGGAGCCCACGACCGCAUACAACACACUAGAGAAGCUAUCGCAGACACUCAUUCUAACCAUCUCCGUGAUUGCGCAGUUGAAACCGCUGGAUAUAUCCGUUAUCUUUUACGAGGAGUUGCUCAGCCAAACGAGACAGCUCAUCGAGUCGAGCCACGAGCUAGCCAAGGAGCUCUUGCUUAUAUAUGAAGACGACAACGACGAAGGGAGACUCGUGUCGGUGGGGAAAGUAUGGGCCAACUGCGACUCCAUGACCAAGGUCAUCAAUGACGGCGCCUUGGGGUUGUUGACUGAGAAGAUCAAGCAGAGCAUCGUCUUGGUUGAUGACGGGUUCGAUGAGUUUGCAGAAUGGACAGAAAACCCGGAAAGCGUGGACGACCCAUUUGGAUUCAGCGAUGAUGAGGAAGAAGAUGGAGAGGAACAAUUGGGAGAAAAAGAGGAACAACUGGAAGAAGAAGAAGAUAACACUGAGCUCAUUGCAUACGCCAAGGACUCCCUAAACAAGAUAAAAUUAGUAAAGCUUUUGCUUGCUUCAUGCAAAAAGUCUCUACCCAAAUCGACAACUCCCGCGCAGAUUAACGAAAUUUACAGGCUACAGAAAUCAAUCGUUAUCCACAUAGAUGAAUUCAUCGUCGACCUUAUGCUAGAACGUGCCGUCACGAGCAAAGUCGACUCAUUGAUGACCCAAAUUUCCACAGAGUCCAAACUGCUCGCUAAAAUAGUACAGGCUAUACACGUUCAAGACGCAAAGAAAUCAGCUUGGUACAAGACAUGGAUAACUAAAUAUGAUACAUAG